AUGCCUGACACCACCCAGAACUAUGUUGGUACGGCUCAGGCAGGGCUCGUUAUCAACCCCAAGAAUCUCAACAUGGCCCUCAGCGCUGCCCAUGCUGCCAAGGAGGCUCGGAAGAAGGGUGCUGACGAUAAGGAUGGGAAGGAUAAGAAGACUAUGGGCUAUGGCAUAACUUAG